AUGGAGCCAGUAAAAUAUAUGGAGGGGACGACUCCUCUUCGUAUCAAAGAUGUAUGUAAUGAAUUUGUGAUGAAUUAUAAUAAUACCAUGUAUGAAGAGGUGCCUAUCGAGCUUUCACACGGAAAUUGGGAUGAGUCAGAAGGAGAUGUUGUAGGGAUAGCAUCUGGAAUACUCGAUACAAUAGGAAGUAUUUGGAGAAAUUCAGCGUUUGGGGAGAAGUUCGCAAAAUCUCAAAACGAAGAGACAUAUGUAACGGAUAUUAUAGUCCCUGUAGUGAAAGCUUCAUUAGAAAAACUACCAAUAAAGAGUUUUGCCUUCGUUAGCACGUAA